AUGGAGGGUAAAAAACUGAUUACUGCAACCGACACCCAGUACUCUGGCAAUCUGCUACAAGCUUUAAAUGACCAGCGUUUGCAUGGACUGUUCUGUGAUGUCACAGUUAUUGUUGAAGACCGUAAAUUUAAAGCUCACAAAAAUAUUCUUUCGGCCUGUAGCACUUAUUUCCAUCAGUUGUUCUCUCUUGCUGGGCAAGUAGUAGAACUGAAUUUUGUCAGAGCAGAGAUUUUUGCAGAAAUACUCAACUACAUUUACAGUGCAAAAAUUGUACGUGUAAAGUAUGAUAUGCUGGAGGAGCUGAUUAAAUCUGGAAAAUUGUUAGGAGUCCCUUUUAUUGCUGAGCUUGGGAUUCCUUUAUCACAAGUGAAGAGUAUUUCAGGUGGAGUCAAAGAUAGUGAUGCCCAUUCUGCCAAUUCGGAUCAAAAAGUUUGUGAACCACAAAACAGUGCACCUGCUUCAUUAGCAAGCAAAACUGUAACUAAACUUGCUUCAGUCAGUGAAAUGCCAGUAAUCUCAGAAGCUUUUACUAUGUCCAGUGAAGAAUUUAAGAAUUCCAAAGAUUCCAAAGUAGCUGAUGACUCAAAGAUCAACGAUUCAGACGAUGAUGUUAUUUUCUGUUCAGAAACUGUGUCAGCCAAACCAGCUUCUGAUAAAAAGGAAGUUUCACAGAGCCAAGCUCCUACUGUUAAUGAUCAUGCUGAUUCAAAGACCACAGUGAAAUCUGGCCAAACUCCAUCAGUUCAAAAUACUAAGCCUGUAAUCCAACCCACUUUAAAAAAUGCCACUUUGUCUCAGAAGCAUCCUGUAACUGUAAAUGCAACAAUAAACCAUGUUCAAGCUCAACAUACAAAUGGGGCUGUUUCUACACCUGCUACUCUGAAGCCAGUGCAAGCCAACAUUGUUGUUCCAAGUCAGAAUCCUCUUCAUCCACCUUCUCUUGUUGCUAUAGCGCCACAAAUUACCAUGCCAUCAACUGUUAAUUUUACUUUACCAAAAUUGCAACAAGGCACCUUUGCUGCUUUUCCUAAAACUGAACUAGUUCUCAAUGCCAGUUGCAUUGCAACUCCAGUUGUUUCCUCUGUUAACCAUUUGGGAAAGCAUUUUGUUACUCAGAAAAAUGUUUCCUUUGAUGGAGUGCAAAAGAAGCAAGUUGUGACAUUCACUCAAGAGUCUUCUUCAAAACCAGGUGAAUUCAAGAUUAAGAUUUCAGAUGUUGUUUCCGGAAGCAGUAGGGAAGGCUACCCUGAGCCUGAGUCUCAGCGUAUAAAAGAUGGUAAAAAAGUAAUAACUUUGGACACAGCCUCUGAAAUAGAAGGGCUAUCUACAGGUUGUAAGGUGUAUGCAAACAUAGGUGAGGAUACAUACGAUAUAGUAAUUCCCAUCAAAGAGGACCCUGAUGACGCAGAAUCAAAACUGGAUGAAGUCGGACUUCAAAACCGAAAACGCAUGAAACUCAAACAUGAUGAUCAUUAUGAACUUAUUGUGGAUGGCAGGGUUUAUUACAUUUGUAUUGUAUGUAAAAGAUCCUAUGUUUGUCUGACCAGCUUACGAAGACAUUUUAAUGUUCAUUCCUGGGAAAAAAAGUACCCAUGCCGUUACUGCGAGAGAGUUUUUCCCCUUGCAGAAUAUCGUACAAAGCAUGAGAUUCACCAUACAGGUGAAAGAAGAUACCAAUGUUUGACUUGUGGAAAUUCCUUUAUCAACUAUCAGGUGAUGGCCUCACACAUUAGAUCAGCUCACAGUCUAGACCCUGCUGGAGAUUCAAAGCUUUAUCGUUUAAAUCCAUGCAAAACUCUGCAAAUUAGACAAUAUGCAUACAUAAACAAUACAAAUCAUAAUAAUAGUCCUGUAAUCAAUGAUGGUGGAAUUGUUUAUAACAUCGACCCGGAUAAAUCAGGACCAGCUUCCGAAGACAACUCUAAUUCUUCCCAAAAGCCGGUUAACUGGGAUGAUAUCUUCAUUCAACCGACGAAUCAGAACGUAUUUAAACCGAAUACUUCUGAUGGUGGUACAGAAUUUGAGUUUGUUAUACCAGAAUCUUACUAAAUCACUUAAAACCUAAAACUGAAUAAAAUAGGAUAAUAGGUGACUAUUGGGUGAUCGGCCAUCACAAUUAUAUGUUCUUUUUGUUUUUUGUUUUUUAAAAGCUGUAAUAUUGUGAUAUGAAACAAAUGGUUAGAAUUUAGUUGCAUUGUGUGUAGCUAUGACCAGUUUGUGGGGUCCCUAAUUAUUAACAAUAACCUAUACUUGAACUUUUUUUUUUUUUUUUAAUGGAGAAUAUCCAAGGAACCUUGAAUUAGUUUUAUUCUUGAUCAUUGUUACAAAAAAAAUAUUUUGAAACACAUUUUAUUUAACCGAUUGAAUACAAAUCCUUUGACUCUGCUUUCUUUGUCAAAAUAGGGUCUUCCCUGUUUGUAUACAGUUUAAUGUAUUCUUGUUCUUUCUCUGUUCUUGCACUUUAAAGCUUAGCUCCUGAUUUGUAAAUUUGGCAUCAGCAUUGUGCUAGUAACAUGGAUUUUUAAAUCAAAGACAUGUUUGAUCGAGAAUUAGCACACCCUAGAAUAUUUGGCCUAUUUCUGUGAAUGCAAAAUUAGACAGUAUAGUUAUACUUUGGUUUCAUUAUGAACUCUCAACCUUCCCUCUUCAACAGCACUUUAUUAUGGUCAAAACUGUAGCUUCACCCCUUCUACACUGUUCUGAGCUGCAAUGCUGAAUGCAGACUGAGGGGUGCUGGGCAGAUUGGCUGUAUAAGUACUUAAAUGGUUGUUGAGCAUUAACGUAUAUAUGGGGCUUGAUGGUUAAGAGUAUUCAUAAUGAGGUAGUUGAGCCACAAUGUUAAGUUAGCCUGCUUGUAUGGGAAAAUAUAUCCAUUAUGUACGUUUUUUUUUUUUGUUUUUUUACAUAAUUAUACUGUCUAGUUAAAUAGAUUUUACUCAAACGGUGGUUCAAAGGCAAACAAUAACUGAUAACUAAAACUGUAAUGUCAAAAAAAUAGCCAUAGAAAGAAGUAGAAUUGAAAAAACUAAGAGGAAAAAGUGAUUGCCAUAUUAGCACCUCUAAGAACAAAGUGCUAAAUAGGUUAUUAUUCUGUUUUAGUUUCAGAUAUAUUAAUAGAGCAAGUUGUUGGAUUUCAUAAGCUUCCAAGGUCUCAACAGUCUCUCCUGUGGCCUUUAUGGACUAUGCAAUCCAAAAUAAGUUUUCAUGUAUAUCCAAUGUCCUUAGAUAAAACUAAAAAGCACUGAUGUCUCUUUCUGGAUUAAAAUCUAUAUUAUAUCACUGAUAAUAUACACACAUGCUUAGAAAAAGUAAUCUACAUGGAGAGCAGACCAAAAGCAAAUAUUAUCUGUUAAGACGUGUUUGUACAGAGCCAUAAAAUGAAGUUAAGACAACAGAUACUGUUACUUUAAGAGAACAUCCUGAGAUAAUUGAGCCCUGUGUUCUCUUUGUACAGUCUUCCUUUUGUACUUGAAAGUCUUAUUUAUCAAUGUUCUCAUAACAUGUUAUUCUCUGCAAUGACAAAGAUGUUUUUUUCUUUGAUUGUUUUAUUACCCUUUUUUGCGCCGCAAGACAGCUCUAUUUAUAGUGUGUGUGCACAUAUCUACCCCAACGCUGCUUUGUGGAUCUCUAGCUCCAGUCUGUUCAAAUAGUCUUUAGAGGUCACAAACCAGUUAUUACCUAAAAGGGCAUGAAAGUCAUACUUGAAAAGCACCACAAUGUAUUUCAAUUAAGCUUAUUUUCUGUCUUCAAAAAUUCACUGUUGGAAAUACAUUAUUUAUGCAUCCGAUGUCAGAUACUGCCAUAGACUGUGCGCAUACCCAUUUGUCUCUUGUGCAUUACUUCAAAUGUAAGUAAUGUUUUGCAAUUUACCACCUAUUUUAUUUAAAGGAUGCAAGCAAAUGCAUGUAUAUACAGGCUGGGUCCAUAUCUCAAUUUCAUAAAGGGUUUUUAUAUCAAUUUAAAGCUCUGUCAUUUUGACACUAUAUUGACUGAGUUAUUUAGUAGGGAGGUCCUAAACCCUUGGCUGUUGGAAAUUCUUAAAGACACAUUGGUUCAGAUAUCUCUGCUCUUGCUCCCAGAAUGCAUUAAAGGGACAGUAUACACUCAUUUUCAUAUAACUGCAUGUAAUAGACACUACUAUAAAGAAUAAGAUGCACAGAUACUGAUAUAAAAAUCCAGUAUAAAACUGUUUAAAAACUUACUUAGAAGCUGUCAGUUUGGCUCUGUUAAAAAGGUAGUUGGAAAGCCCACUGCAAGUGGCAAAUAAGACACUCCCCCCUCCCCCUUCUUUUACAUAUGAAAAGACCCUUUACACAAACAGGAGCAAGCUGGAGAAGGUAGCUGACGGUAUUCAAAUAAAACUUUAGGGCUUGGUUAGGAGUCUGAAAAUCAGAGCAAUGAUAUUUAAAAAUAAGCAAAACUAUACAUUUAUUUAAAAAAAAAAAACUUUAUGGGCUAUAUAAAUAGACCAUCUAUAAAACAUUUAUGCAAAGAAAAAAUGAGUAUAUAAUGUCCCUUUAAUUGUCAUAUUUGCGCUGGAGUAGUAAUGAUGUUGUUUCUCUUUCCAUUUACUCGUGGAAAGUUGUAUAUUACAAACGUCAUUGUAGCAUUUCAGCUUAAAGGACUGAUUUUCAAACCUGUCCUAAGGCCUCCCAAAACAAGCCAGAUUUUCAGUAUUACCUUAGGUGAGAGCAGGUAAAUAACCAGGUUUACGAAUCAGCUGAUUAUUUCACCUGUGCUCUAGUUCAGACAUCCUCGAAAUCUGGCCAGUUAGGGAGUCCCCGAGAACAGGUUUGAAAACCAGUGGCUUAGAAGAUGCUAGCUAUUUAAAAAAAACAAUAAAUAAAUACUAAACAAAGCAGAAGGGGGGGUGUAGAUACAUUUUGAAUAAAACUGUCUUGCACUAAAUUAAAAAUAAAUGUUUUUAGACAUAUCUGAUUUUUCUUUGUGGUUUAAAUUAUUUUACUACUUUAUAAUAAAAAAGACCAAUACUGCUGAGUAUUAAUGUGCAUAGCUUUAUGUAACAAGAUUUAAAGAAAUCAGUGUUUUUACAUACAGUAGACAUGUAGGGAGGACAUCACAGAAUGCCUUUUUUAUUUUUCCUGUUCUAUGACGUCAGAGAAUAGCAAAUGCUGAUCACUUCUGGUACUACUGAAAGGAAACUAAAUUAAAAGUAUCAGUACUUCUUUAAAAAUUACAAAGUUUUUUUUGUUUAGGGGGGGGGGUUCUCUCAUGAGUGGCCUGUAGUUUUAGUUUACAUUGGAUGUCCAUUUUCUGGUGUGUUUUUUUUUCUUUUUUUAAAUUUUUGUUUGCUUUCUACUGCCACUCAUACAUAGAAUUUUAAGAAUUCAUAUAUAUGUUGCAUCUUUCCCCCACUGUGCACUGGUAGAGUUUAGAUUUUAAAACAAAAAAAAAAAAAGUUUUAACACUUUUAGUAGUUUAGCAUUUCUAAAAAAAUGUUUUGCUCAUUUACAUAAAUGAUCUGAAAAAUAAAAAUGUUAAUAGAUUAAAGGGGUUGUUGUGCUUAGUAUAGUAAUGUAGGUAAAUGGGUACAUUUUCUUACCUUUAAAUAAAAAAUGAAAUUGUUUUAAUACUA